UGUAAAGAAUCAAAUAAUGGCAAAGGCUGCGAAGAGAAUCCCUAAUAACAAAGAAAAGGCUGAAGCAAGAGAAGGAGACGAAGGGAAACAGCUACCACAAGAAGCUCCGAUCUAUGGAGAUGUGUUGGAGACAAUCCUCACCCGUCUCACCCUGCUUGACAUGGUGGCGGCGUCUCGUGUCUCCAAGUCAUGGCGAGGUGCCGUCUCCACUUCCCUCCGGAUAUCUCCACGUGUCAAGCCCUGGUUCAUCGUCCACGUCCUGCACCACCGCAACCAUUCCCUCACCUCAGCCUGCGCCUUCGAUCCUGCCUCUCGUGUCUGGCUUCGCAUCGACAUCAGCGACACCCACCACUUCACUGCCAAUAACAACGCCGCUUCCUCUGCCUCCCCAGCACUCCGAUCCUCCCACUCCCAACACCUACUCUACAAGCUUUCAGCAGGAUCCUUCUCCUUCUCCUUCGACGCCCUCCACCUCACUUGGCACCAAGCGGAAGCGCCACUCGUGUGGCGUCAGGACCCCAUCGUCGCACGCCUCGGCUCUCGUGUCCUCGUUGCUGGUGGCACCUGUGACUUCGUCGACGAUCCACUCGCCGUUGAGAUGUACGACACCGGAUCCCGGAGAUGGGAGGCGUGUGAGUCCAUGCCUGUCCUGCUCAAGGACUCCGCCACCAGCACUUGGCUCUCCACCGCUGCCACCAACAAUAGGCUCUACCUGCUGGAGAAGCGCUCCCAUGUGAUCUGCUCCUUCGAUGCUGAGACUAAGACCUGGGGACCUACUUUCAAUCUGAUCUUGAGCACCAAUGCACCUGUGUCUGUGUUUCACUCCAUCAUCGGAUUCGCCGAUGACCGGUUAGUCCUGGUGGGUCUGAUGGGCGAACCAGAGGACUUGAAGGACCUGGGGCUCUGGGAAGUCGAUCAGGUCACUUACGAGUGUAGAAAGAUCGGAGAGAUGCCACCGACGAUGGUAGAGAGUCUCAAGAACGCGAACUCGCGGCUCUCCACCCCAAGUGCAUCAAUGGAAGGUGAUUUCAUCUACAUCUAUAACCCUUCGAACCCAGAACAGAUAUUUUUCUGCGAAUUGAACGAGGGGAAGUGUCAAUGGGGUAAUGCUGUGAAUUCCAUGGCGAACGCCCGCAAUCGGAUGCACAGAUUCGUGUUCACAUGCUCCAGAGUCGGGAUGGGUGACCUUCAGAAGGCUAUGGCGACUGCGAACCGAAGAUUGACGGUGGAAUCGGAGGGAGAUGGGUUCUAGAGUUUGUGAUCUUCCACAACUCCAAGGGCUGUUCCCUAAUUGAGUGAUCCAUUAGCAACUCCAAGGUCCGACUCUGUUCCCUGAUUGAAUGGCGGUUUGUCACCGUCGACCCUGUUCCCUUCCAUGUGAAUGCCUGAGUUGGCUGAGAUUCUUAAUUUAUAAUUUGCACUUCCAACUUCUAAGUGGACA